AUGCAACCGUUGAUAUACUCAUUAGUUUUCGUAUCCGUUUUUCUUUUAUGUGCAAUAUCAAUAGAAGAUGUUAAACCUGUUUCAAAAUUUUCAAGACAAAAUUUUGUUGCAUCACCGAGUUAUUCAAAAUUAUUAACACUUUUGAAAAAUCGAGAAACAAAAUUUUAUGAAAAUGAUGAUGACGACAACAGUAGCGAUCAGAAUGAUGAUGGCAUCUCACGUGAAACAAAACAAUUAACAUCAGUAAAUCGACGAUUUUUUCUUUUUUCUGUUCAACCUACUACUCGUCGAAAUCGACCAUAUUAUAUCUAUGGACGAAAAUCUCAUUGGGAUACAUUUUUUGGAUAA